ACAGCUCUUAUAAGAGUUUCGAAUGUUUUUAUCUGAAAAAAAGAAUGGCAAUUGAGAAGUCUUUUUAUAGUGGCGCCUUUUGCUUUAUAUUAGAAGUUUUUAAAUUUUUAUUUUACUUUAUUUUUAGACUGGUCACCUUUAUGCGGGCAAUGAUAAGAAAAAGUUACAUAAUGACGUAUUUUGAUACAAUUCCACUAAAAUAUCAGACUUUUUAUUGUUUUUGAAAAGUAUUUUCCUUACAAUUUAUUGUAUAGUUUAUAAGUAUCCGCAAUUUGGACCGCAUUUAACGAAUGUCCGUGAAACUGAAUAGAACAAUCGAAACCUCGCUUUAAUAUUUGCACAAAUACACGUUACUUUAGUUUUCUUUGGAAACUAACAAAGAAAUUUAACAAUGACAGCUGGAAAUUCAAGAAAUUUGCGGAUAUUGAGUUGGGUCGUUUCAAUUAUAAUUUUUAUGAAUAUCUUUAUCUAUGCCUUGAUUUGGAUGAAUGAAGAUGAAGACGAAACCCAAUUUUCAUAUUCAUUACAAUCGGUAAAGAUAUCUAAUCCAUUCACUGAAACAAAACAUCUAUAUGAGACCGGUCACCAGAAUGUUGAUUUGGAUAUAGCACACGUUUGCCCACUUAAUGGGCUUACUACAAUUCUUCUCAUACUAAUAAGUUCGGCACUGUCGCAUGAACGUCAACGCAUGGCCAUAAGACAGACCUGGGGACAUUAUGCGGCUCGUCGUGAUGUUGGCAUUGCCUUUGUGCUCGGCCGCAGUUUAAACGAAACUGAAAAUAAGGCACUAAAAUGGGAGAAUUAUUUGUAUGGCGAUAUGAUCAGAGGCAACUUUAUUGAUUCCUACGAAAAUCUAACACUAAAGACGAUUUCAUCUCUGGAGUGGACAGAGAAGCACUGCAAUCGUGCCAAAUACAUACUGAAGACGGAUGAUGAUAUGUUCAUUAAUGUACCUAAGCUUUUCAAUUUUGUUGAAGAGCAGCUAAAACAUAAUGUCAAGAGAACGAUCUUUGGUCGUUUAGCUAAGAAAUGGUCGCCGGUUCGAAACAAGGAAUCCAAAUAUUAUGUGUCGCCUGCUCAGUAUCGUGGAGUAUAUCCUGACUUUACUACGGGACCAGCUUACCUUAUGACAGGCGACAUUGUGAAUGAUUUAUAUGUGAACGCAUUGAAGAUUAUCUAUCUGAAGUUAGAAGACGCUUUUAUUACAGGCAUUGUGGCGCAGAGUCUAGAUAUUAAACGUGUGCAUGUCAAUGAAUUUAGAAACACUCGAAUAUACCUCACAACAAGGAAUAUUAAAAACUCUAUUAGCAUACAUAGGAUUAGUUGUAGUGAACAGUUGAAAGUGUGGCAGAAACAGAAUGAAUAGUAAUUGUUGGUAAACUAUAUUUUAUAUUAUAUAUUAAAUUUAACGGCUGUUUUGAGAGAAUUAAAAGCUGUUCUUGCUGAAGAAUGCCCAGAACGAAAUAAAGUAUAACCAGUCCUCCAAUUGUGAAAGUGGUAUAUUCGGUAUAUUUUUUGUAUUUGGCAAAGAGAUCGACCUGCAGCGCAUUUGUCCGCUAAAUGGCAAGACCAGAAUGAUGAUACUGAUCGGCAGGAGAGAUUGGCAUAACA